AUGUGCAUGAAGGCGCAGUGCUCGACUUGCAACAAAGUCACUUGGUGGGGCUGCGGCAGCCACAUUCCCUCGGUGAUGGACUCGGUGCCCGAGGAUGAAUGGUGCGCCUGUACCCCGCAAGUUGAAAAAGACGGAAAGAAGUAUCCGCCCAAAGCAGCUCGGGCUUCUUGA